AUGAAAAUUGGUAUAUGGAAUACACAAAGUAUUAGAGGAAAAUUGGAAGAAGUAGUGAAAGAACUAAAAAAACUAAAUAUUGACAUUGCGUCUUUGAGUGAAACAAAAAAGAAAGGACAAGGUAUUGAACAGGUCGGAGAUUAUAUACAUGUUUACAGCGGAGUACCAAAAGAAAAACGGGCCUGUAAAGGAAUUUCAUUGCUGAUCCACUCGAAAUAUAAAAAGUUUAUAACUAACUGGACACCUGUAAACGAAAGAAUUCUUACGGCUAACUUGAACCUUUUUGGAUAUAAACUGACAAUUAUUGGAACAUACGGACCCAACGAGGAUGAAGAAGUAGCUCUAAAAGAUCAAUAUAUGGAAUUACUAAAUCAAACAAUCAUAGACAUUGGAAGUACCAGAGAAAUUGUGUUGAUUGGAGAUCUUAAUGCCAGAGUAGGACGAAGACUUAACCAUCAUACAGUUGGUAGACAUGGUGAAGAAACAGAGAAUGAAAAUGGACGACGCUUAAUUAAUCUAUGCGAACAACACGAAUUAAAGAUCAUGAACGGAUACUUUGCACACAGGGACAUUCACAAGUUUACUUGGAGACAAGAAACAAGACACCUAAAAUCAAUUAUUGACUACCUCAUAGUGAAACAAAAAACUAAUCUUAAAAUUAAUGAUGUUAGAGCUUGCAGAGGUCCUGAGUGUGGAAGUGAUCAUUAUUUAGUAAAAGGGGAGAUAAGAAUGCCAUAUAGGAGAGAAAAUAUAAAUGAAGCAACAAAAACUAGCUCGACCAAUACAAUAUAA